AUGGACCAAGAUAUAAAAUUGAAGAAGGAUAUCGAUGCAAUGAACAUAAGUGAGGACAAUUCUACUGAGCCUGUGGUAUCAUCUACUAAGGGUGUGUUGAUACUGGAGAAUGACAGUGAUAGUGAUAGUGAUUUUGGUAAUUUCUCAGAUGCUUCUGUUGAAAUAGAUAAUUCAGUUGAGGAUCAAGAAAAAGGUGAGGAUAGUUAUAUAACCACUCAACUAGAUAGUUGUCUCACUUUGCUCUUUGACCAAAAGCAUAGCCUCAUCUUAAAUAGUGGUGACAGAGGAAAAGGAUCAGAUGAGAACGAGAAGGAUAAGAACAAGACAGAUGUGGAGCUGUUUUCUCUAGAAGAUUUGAUUGAAGAAGAACGACCUCAUGUUAUUUAUGAACAAUUAUUUAGUGGUCGUUUACAUACACAACCUUUCAAUUGGAAGCAAUCAUAUAUACGAUCUACGCUUUUACAUAUAUUAGGUGUGGAACAAGAGAACGAAGAAAAUGAACAUACUGAUAUUUCGAUGAGGAGAAAGGAAAGACAAGAACCGUUGGAGGAUUCACUUUAUAUCAAACUGUGCCAUUUACUGGAAUCUGAUCAAAAAUUUAUUCAUUAUAAUACAAUGAUACUCAAAGAUUAUUUUAAUUUCAUAUAUUCUCCAAGGUUUACCCAACCUAGUCAUGAUAGUAGGAUGGAAGAGGAACAGUUAGAGGAACAGUUAGUGUCGAAGAGGGAAAAUGAUAAUCAAAAUAAUACUAUACAUUCGACUGAUAAUCAUGACUAUGAUUAUGACUAUGAUUAUAACUUUGCUGGUGAUGAUGAUACAUUAAACACACAGAUCUCAAAAUUAUUGAAUCAAGGUGAUGACAGUAGUGGCAGCGGUAGCAGUGCUAGUGAUGAUACUACCCUAUGUGAUAUUGAAGAGAUGACAAACGAUGAAUUACAAAAAUAUCAUGAUCAAUUAUGUAACGUUAUAGAUCUAUUGAUGAUCAAAUUAAAAAGAUUGAAUAAAUUACAAACUGAUUUGACUCAAGACAAAACCAUAUUUGAAAAUGUGGUUACUAAUUUGUCAGGUCAUACCCAAAGAUUACAAAGAGAUGAAAUCGAAUUAUACAAUAAGAAAUUCGGUCAUAAAUUGUUGCGUAAUCAAAGAAAUAAAAGAUUUAGUUGGGUUGGGUUAUAA